AAAAUUUUCUUCAGUGAUAUUACCACUCUUUGUGCAGCCAACCGACAGUCCAAAAGAAACGAUCGCUGCGGUUGCGAAGCGAAGAAAAAUUUGCAGCAGCAACAAAGCUUGAGAAACAGGACAACAAUGGCGGUUAUUCAGCAAAGAUUUUGUAAUCCAAAAGUAUUGAAGCUAACUCUAGGGUUUAUCGCUCUCUCUAUUGCUGCCUACAUUGUCGGACCUCCUCUCUAUUGGCAAUUCUUAGAGGGUUCUGCCCCUGUUUCUCUCUCCUCUUCUUCUUCAUCUUCUUCUUCAACUACGCCUUCUUGUCCUCCUUGCACUUGUAAUUGCGAUUCUCCGCCUCUCAUAUCUAUUCCUGAUGGGCUCAGCAAUAUUUCCUUUACAGAUUGUUCAAAGCAUGAUCCAGGGGUCAGUGAAGAUACUGAGAAGAAUUUUGCUGAAUUGCUAGCUGAGGAAUUGAAAUUACGAGAAGCUGAAGCUGCAGAAACUCAGAAGCGUGCUGACAUGGCUUUGCUGGAAGCUAAGAAGAUCACUUCUCAGUACCAAAAGGAGGCAGACAAGUGCAAUUCAGGAAUGGAAACCUGUGAGGAAGCCAGGGAGAAGGCUGAAGCAGCUUUGGUGUCGCAGAAAAAAUUAACUGCAAUUUGGGAACAACGGGCUCGCCAAAAAGGAUGGAAGGAUGGAGUUACCAAGUCCGGUGCUCAGUUGCAGGGAAAUGUUCAGUCUGUAUAGUAUACUCUGUAGUUUUUCAGAAGACUCGCACCUGAACCUUUAUCACAGAUACUGAAUUACAGCCCAAAAUUUACAUUCAGGGUGUACGGCCCCCCAAAAUCCAUGAGCUGCUUGUUGCUUACUGUCAUCAUAUCCAUCGAGAAUUUAUCACUGGAGCUUGGAUAGUUGUCUCAACACAUUCCGCAUAACAAGAUGUGCAUAAUUGCUUUAAAAUAUAAUUUUGUAAACACGAAGAAUCCACUUUAGCCGGCUGAAAGUGUAAUGAAUAUUCUCGACAGCAACUUAGUGUUUUGUCUAAUUAUAUUUGGUAAACAGGAAAUUUUAUUUAUAUCUCAAAUGGCUUUUGUAACUUGGUCGAAACUUGCUGCUUGAGCUUUGAAGGAUUUUCUUAA